AUGUCGUCCUUCUUCACAGUCCCCGGCUCCCAGAAUAAGCGCAAACGACCAUUGGCUCCGGAUGCUCCAAAGAAGAAGACGCGAGUUGAGCGGGACGAGUCCAUCUCUGGCUCAGACGACGACGACGACGACGACGAUGACGACGGCCAGGAAGGUCGCUCCGAUGCAAGCGAGGUUACAGACGGAUCCGACUCGGAUGACGAAGCCGAAACCGCUGCCGAGAAGAGACUGCGAUUGGCCGAGCGGUACCUUGAGAAUAUCAAGGAGCACGUGGACGAGGCCGGCUUUGAUGCUGCCGACAUUGAUCGAGAUCUGAUCGCAGAGAGGCUGCAAGAGGAUGUGGCCGAGACAAAAGGCCGAGUCUAUCGCCAGUUGGUCUCCAAGCUGGCCUUCAGCAGUGCCUCCCAAACCUUUUACCGAACCAACACCAACGCCGUCACGUCCAUUGCCGCCUGCGCACCCUACUUCUACACCGUCACGAAAGAUCUAUAUUUGCACAAAUGGAGGACGCAAGACCUUCCUCAACAUCAGUACCCCCAGACCACAAAACGAAAAUCCAAAAAAGCGCCGGCCCCGCCGAGGAAACGGCCUGAGCUGGUGUCGUGGGUCAGAGGGAGCCAGGGCAAAAGCAAAGACAAGAAGUAUCAGAGGCACGUCGGCCAGAUACUGGCUGUUGCGGCGUCUCCAGAUGGGAAAUAUGUGGUGACAGGGGGCGAGGAUCGCAAGCUCAUUGUCUACGAUGCUGCAUCAUUGAAACCGAUCAAGGUCUUGACGCACCACCGGGACGCCAUCACUGGGCUGGCGUUUCGCCGGGGAACAAACCAGCUUUACUCUGCGUCGAAAGAUCGCACAGUCAAAGUAUGGAGUCUGGAUGAACUGGCGUAUGUCGAGACGCUCUUUGGCCACCAAGAUGUGGUGGUGGACGUGGACGCGCUUGCCCAAGAGCGGUGCGUCAGCGUCGGGGCUCGAGAUCGUACAGCUCGACUCUGGAAAGUCAUGGAGGAGACUCAGUUGGUCUUUCGAGGCGGCGCAGUGGACAAGAAACCGCGACCAGGUAUCGAUCCGCGCUCCCUCCUGCAUGAGGGCAGCAUGGACCGCAUUGCCAUGAUCGACGAUGACCUCUUCGUCACCGGCAGCGACAACGGUGCCAUCGCCCUGUGGAGCGUCCAGAAGAAGAAACCCGUCUACAUUGAGGCGCUCGCCCAUGGUAUAGACCCGCCGCUGGCUCCUUGUCAGGCCUCGGCCGAGGAGCACCCUGACAGCAAGGAGGUGCCGGCGCCGACGCCCCGCUGGAUCACAGCCCUCAAAACAAUUCCCUACUCGGACGUCAUCCUUAGCGGCAGCUGGGAUGGCCACAUCCGCGUAUGGAAGCUUUCCGAUGAUAAGAAGAAGAUUGAACAUGUCGGCGUCUUGGGGGAUCACCAGCAGGACAACGAGGAGGCAGAUGGUCAAACAAAUGGAGACGUUGGCGAGGCCCAUGCGGCUCAGUCGCGACGGGCCAUUCCAGGCAUCAUCAAUGACAUUGCCGUGUUUGAGCGAGGCGAGCGUGGCAAGGACGGGCUGUGUGUCGUGGCGGCCGUGGCCAAGGAGCAUCGCCUGGGCCGGUGGAAGGUCUGCAAGAAUGUUCGCAACGGAGGUGUCAUUUUUGAGGUGCCCAGGGUCCAGCUGGUGAAUGGAGCGCAUGGGGGCUCUGACGCAGACGAGGAAGAGGACAAGGAGUUAUAG